AUGGAGACUGUGAUGUCAGAAAACACUCUUCCAAGUGAACCCAGAAUCACUCAAAUGCAGCCUCUAUUGAUAUCAGGAUAUUGCUGCUGUGUACAUAACUCUACACCUGCUGAGGUGAUGUCCCUCAAUGCAGGAAUGGUUGCAGCCACCAUCUUUGGCAGAUCAGACCUUUGCAAGGAAAUACGAAGUAAG